UUGACAAAUUCAUUAACAAUAGAUGAAAUGGAAAGAAAAAGGUUUGGAACAAUCACAAAUCAUUUCGUUCCCUCCUUUCUAGCAUUAGUCUCUAUCACUGAUAAUUCAAUACAAAGCAACAACUCCCCUCACAACACGACCUUAUAAAUGCCAGUUCAAAGCACACUACUCAACUAGAGGCUAGAACUACUUCACUUUCGACUCAGAAUUGGAUACUCAAAGCAAACAAAACAAGACAGAAUGGCUCUCAUACCUUCUUUCUUUCUCUUCUUCUCCUCCUCUUUAACCCUUGUAUUCUUCACCGGAGCGGGAGCACAAGGGAGAGCUCCUCAUGGCCUUGUUUAUGAGAACCCAGUGGCUUUCUCACCAUCUGCAGCUGAAUUCUUCCAUCCCAAAACACAUGAACCGAAUGUGAAGAGCCCAUGUGCUGCUUCAUCUAGUUGCUCACCAUUGCCUCUUGCAGCUCAAUUAGAGGCUACUGAUCAAGCACAAGAAAGUGAAAUAUCAACAUCCCAGAAAGGAGGGAAUCGACUGAGAGCUGGUGGCAUUGCUGGCAUUGUACUUGGUGUGGCAUUUGCAGUGCUUUUGACAAUGGGUGUCUACCAUGUAAUGGUCACGCGCAAAGCCAACUUAAAUCGAGCCAAUUCUGUUCAAACUAAUGCUUGAUGUGGUCAUCCAAUAAGUCUAAAUGACUCUUACCAACUCCCUCUGUUACUGCUGUCUCUCUCUUAGAUUUUGGGCAUCGAGUAUAUUUAGUGUCAUUAGUUAGUAUUGCGUGGUAUUUUACAAUUAUGACUACUCAUCAGGUUGUUAAUCAUUUCAGUCUUUCAGAAUAUAUAAACAAAAAAUGUUCCUUUUAUUUUCCAAA